AUUCUACUUCAACCAAUCGCGUAGUCUGUAUACUAUACGUCUAUGGAUCACAUAUGGCUCAAAAUUAAAUGUCUACAAACCUAACCUAUAAGUCCUUUCUCUUUCCAGUGAUAAAUUGACGCGAAAUUCUGACGCAAAACUCUUCUUAAUGUAGGCUGUAACAAAACGGAACUAUAUGAUGGCUUGCAGCGACUCUAUGAUAACAGUUCCUUGGGAAUUAUUAACGAAGGAAUUGGAAAAUAUACCUGUUGAAAUAAAGCUACACUUGACACCUAUAAUCAACGUGCUGCAAACAUCUGAUAAGCAAUUAACUUCAGAAAAAUGGAUAAACGCUUCGAUAACAAGACUGGAAGCUUGCUUAGACCGCACAUGGGAGGUGUUGAAUUCCGGUUACUGGAAAGACGUUCCAAUUCAAUACAGAUAUUCUUAUUCUCUAUGUGUUGUUAUAAAGGCUGUGCUAUUAGAGAUUCAGUACAAAAUAGGUGUUGAAAGUUCUGAUAGAGAAAGAAAGAAGACUGUAUUAAAAAAUAUUAUCAAUCAAAUUGAUAGAGGCAUUCUGUUAGGCGCACCUCUUUCCAGUAUGCCAAAUUUAUUAACAGCUAUUGCCACAAAGUUGAACAACUAUUGUGCUGAAGAAUUUGAUGCUAUAAAUGUGGAAGACAUUUUAAUUAACCAUGAGGGAACUAACUAUUUAAUCUCUAAUUGCCCGGAUAGAUAUUUUGAAAAGCCUUCGAUGCAAACAUUUUAUAAUAAAAUUUUUAUGCCAAAAUCACCAGCUGUAUUAACAGAUUGUAUGAGUCAUUGGAAAGCAUUAACGUUAUGGAAAAAUCCUAACUAUUUGAAUAAGAUUGCGGGAUCUCGCACAGUGCCGAUUGAAAUUGGAUCCCGUUAUACUGAAGAAGACUGGACACAGCAUCUUGUUAAUUUUUCUGAAUUUUUACGAAAGCACGUUAUUGCAAAUAAUAGUGAAGUUGGUUAUUUAGCACAGCAUCAAUUAUUUGAACAGAUACCAGAGCUAAAAGAGGAUUUCGAAGUGCCGGAAUAUUGUUGUUUUUCGGAUAGCGAGGAGGAUAAUGCGGAAUCGUCAGAAGUUGAUAUAAAUGCUUGGUUUGGUCCCGCUAAUACAGUGUCGCCUUUACAUUUUGAUCCAAAAAAUAAUCUGCUGUCUCAGAUUUUCGGCUACAAAAGGGUCAUUUUAUAUUCUCCGGCCGAAACGAAUAACUUAUAUCCUUAUGACACUAGAUUACUUAAUAAUACUGCACAGGUAGAUCCUGUACGGCCAGAUUAUGACAAGUGGCCGAAUUUUCGUGAAGCCAGUGGUAUGACGUUUUACUUAAAGCCUGGAGAAAUGUUGUAUAUUCCACCGAAAUGGUGGCAUCAUGUAACUGCCCUUACUCCGAGUUUCUCGAUUAGUUUCUGGUGGAAUUAAUGUUUAUUGUAUUAAUAUAAUAACAAAUGUAAUUUACAAAUUAAUUAAAUUUGGCUGUUAUUACAAUAAAGUUGUUACCAACAAUAUAUAUUAUAUGUAUAAUAUCGUAAAGAUAAUAUGCAUAUAGAUCCAGUAUUUUUAAAUGUUUGAAUAGUACAGAAAGUUACUCGUUGUAUUAUGCUUUUUUAAUAAAUUUUUGAAGCUA